CGUUCUCUGUACCCUUUGCAAUCUCACUGACCUUCGUUCCUCAGUACAUCAUCAUCAUGCUAUCUCGUUUCUUCCUCAGAUCUUCAAAUCUACGUCUCGUAGCCCUAGUUACAUCCAAAUCACAACCUCGGAUCUUCUCCUCCUUCAUCCGACCUCUCUCCACCAACAGUGGCGGCGAUGGGUCCGGGAACGGCUACAAUCGGAGUGACGAUCCGUGGAAAUUUUCUCAACAAAAUGAGGAAAAGUUCGGUUCGGUCUUCGGGGAAGAUUCGGGCACCCCAUCAGGAGUUCCGGGAUCCGAUUCACUCGCCGGAGAGGACGAUUGGCUGAACGCGAAGGAUGAUGGAGAAGAGAAUGUGUUCAAGAGCAUCGAGAAGGAGGAGGCGGCGGCGAAGGGCGGAGAUGAUUGGCUAACGGCGGAGGGGUACAAGCCGGGAUCCGAUUCACUCGCCGGAGGGGAUGAUUGGGUGAACGCGAAGGAUGAUGGAGGGGAAAAUGUGUUCAAGGGCAUCGAGGAGGAGGAGGCGGUGGCGAAGGGCGGAGUUGAUUGCAUGACUGCAGAGGAGCACAAGCCGUGGAGUUUGAAAGAGGAAGUGAAGGAUGAUAUAUUCGAUAUAGGCGACGAAAUGGCGCCUGACUUUGAGAGCAGCGUGGCAAGCACUGAAGCCUAUGAUAAUGAGCAGCAGAAGCUGAUUGAGAGGGAAGAGAAAGAGCUCUCUGCCAUUCUCAAGGGUCCUGAUCGAGCGUUUGGAGACCUAAUCGCGAAAUCGGGUAUAACAGACGAAAUGCUGGACAGUUUGAUUGCCUUAAAGGAUUUCCAAGGGAUUGAGGGAUUACCCCCUCUGACUGAGAUCAGAGAUAUGCGCUAUGAAAAAAGUUUAAGAAAGUCAUCGCGAGCUGAUAUAGAGCUGCAGAAGCAAGAGGAGAUGGCCAAAUCACGGGUUAGACAGGUGGAUGAGAAGGGUAGAGCAUAUGGAACCGGAAGAAGAAAAUGUAGCAUUGCUCGUGUUUGGAUUGAACCUGGAGAGGGGAAGUUCCUUGUUAAUGAGAAAGAUUUUGAUGUCUACUUCCCAAUGCUUGAUCAUCGUGCUGCUCUUCUACGUCCGCUUGCUGAGACAAAAACCUUGGGUCUUUGGGAUAUCAAGUGCACUGUUAAAGGCGGCGGUGUAUCAGGUCAAGUUGGGGCGAUUCAGUUGGGUAUCAGCAGGGCACUGCAAAACUGGGAACCGGACUUGCGUCCGCCUCUGAGAUCUGCUGGUUUCUUGACGAGGGAUUCAAGAGUGGUGGAAAGGAAGAAACCCGGAAAGGCGAAGGCAAGAAAGAGCUUCCAAUGGGUCAAACGUUAACGAAAAAAACCCGUACGAAUCUUCUUUUCCUCUCUUUUGUUUUCCUAUCACCAGUUUUACCGGUUGGUUAGUUCACCGGCAAUAACUCCUGUUUUAGGCCGAUUCAUGUGUUGUUUGCAGCAACCAACACCUCUCUGUUACGAUCUACUUUGUGCCAUAAAGAAAAAGGAAAACUUUUUUUGUGGGGGCAUUGAGAAUUCACGUGUUGUGUUAUUUUUGUCGGACGUAUAAUCCCCCGUGUUUCAGUGACUUUAUCUUGGGAGUUUUGGGUUUUGACUUGUGUUCCCUGAACCUUGGAACUAUAGAACAUGUUGGUUAGUUUAUCA